CUGGGUCUCUGCCCAAGGGGGAGAGGGCGCUCUCAGUCCCCGCCCGCCCUGCACACUCACAAGCACAAUCAGCCCGACUUCUCCAGCCCGGGAUCCCCCAAACUGAGCGAAGUCCGAGGGCCGGGUGCGAAGGGAUGGGGAGCCGAGCCUGAGAAGCCGCGAGAGGGUGCAUGGUACUGGGGUGCUGUGUCGUUGGCGCAAACAUGAGCCUCGGGGGCGCGUCCGGGCGGGUGCUGCCAAUGUUGCUGCUGGCUAGGCUACUGUUGCUACUACUCCUUGUGGCGGCUCCCGCUGUGGGCAAGGGCUGUGUCUGUUCAGCCAAAGGCCCAUGCACCUGUGAUGGCACCAAAGGCGAUAAGGGUGAGAAAGGCUUUCCUGGUUGUCCUGGUACUCCUGGCCAGAAGGGAUUGCCGGGCCCAGAAGGUAUACCUGGACCUCAAGGACCCAAGGGUUCUCCAGGGUUUCCAGGAUUUAUUGGUUCCAAAGGCACGAGGGGAAUGACAGGAUUGCCAGGUUUUCCAGGUCCUCCGGGACUUCCUGGUAUUCCUGGGAAUACUGGUCCUUACGGGCCGCCUGGUUUACCAGGAUGCAAUGGUACUAAGGGUGAGCAAGGAUUUCCAGGACGUCCAGGGACACCAGGUCAUCCAGGGUUACCGGGUACCAAUGGAUUAAAAGGAGAAAAGGGAGCCCCAGCUCGUGAAGAAGGUAUAGGAAAUGGCGGAAGAGGUGACCCUGGGUUACCAGGAAUCCCAGGACAUCAGGGUUUGCCUGGCCCCCCAGGAUUUCCUGGACCAGCUGGACCACAAGGACCUCCUGGAUUCUUAGGUUUUCCAGGAGAGAUGGGCCCUCCAGGACCAAAGGGUCACAUGGGUGUAAAAGGGAUUGGAGAAAAGGGAGAUCAGGGUAUGAAAGGGUUAACAGGACCCCCUGGACCACCAGGAGCAGUUAUUGUGACACUGACUGGACCAGAAAACCUAACGGACUACAAAGGGGAUAAAGGAGACAAAGGAUCAGUAGGUGAGCCAGGACCCCCAGGACCAAAGGGGCUACCUGGAGAAUCUUAUGGAUCUGAAAAAGGUAUUCCUGGAGAUCCAGGUCCUCAGGGAAAACCUGGGAAAGACGGUGCCCCUGGUUUCCCUGGACUUCAAGGAGCUAAGGGUGACAAGGGUUUCCCUGGAUUAAGUGGUGAAACUGGCAUUAAGGGAUUUAAAGGAGACAUUGGCCCACCAGGAUUUCGUGGUCCAACAGAAUAUUCCAAUGGAUACCUGGAGAAAGGCAAUGAGGGAAGCCCUGGCCCUCCAGGACCCAAAGGAACACGUGGUCAACAGGGACCCAGAGGUCCACCAGGAAUUGCUGGUAGACCCGGGGCAUCAAGACCUGGUCUUAGGGGCACUCCAGGAUCUCCCGGAAUCAAGGGAAGUAAAGGAGAGAGAGGACCACCUGGCAUGGACAUAAUGGGGCCUCCUGGACUUCCUGGAUUCCCAGGAACACCAGGGUACAAAGGGUUACCUGGUCUUCCAGGACCACCAGGCAAAGUAACUUUUCAGACUGGUCCUCCAGGAGACCAUGGAGAUCCAGGACAUUUUGGGUCUCCCGGCAUUCCUGGAGCCUCUGGGCCCAAAGGAGAAGCAGGACUGCUGUGUACCCAGUGCAGUUACACUCCGGGACCCCCAGGUCUGCCAGGUUUACCUGGGUUAGAUGGUGAAAAAGGAAUUAAAGGGGGACAAGGGCUUGAUGGUUUAAAGGGAAGCCCAGGAUCUCCAGGAGUUACAGGUCUCCCAGGCUUUCCGGGAUUCCCAGGUACUCCUGGUAAUCCGGGACUAAAAGGAGAAAAAGGUGAAACAUCACAGGAAGGAGAAGUAGGAGAUCGAGGGGAUCCGGGGAGCAGAGGAGACCCUGGAAAAAAUGGCUCAGAUGGAAUUCCUGGAAAACCUGGAAUGAAAGGAUCACCAGGCGCAAAAGGCGAACCGGUUAUGAAUGGAGAAAAGGGAGAUAAAGGUUUUCCAGGAAAUCCUGGUGACCCUGGGCACCCAGGAUCUAUGGGACCAGCUGGACCAUCCAACUAUGGGCCACCAGGAAAACCUGGACCAAAGGGAGCUACAGGUCUACCUGGAUUUCCAGGAUCACCUGGAGAUGACGGUCCUAAAGGAGAACCAGGCAUAGCAGAGCCAGUACCUGGCCCUCCAGGACCUCCGGGGUUACCAGGGCUACCUGGCCUCCCAGGCACAACUGGAAGUCCGGGGUCCACAGGACCAAGUGGUAACCCAGGUCCUCCUGGGCCCGAUGGUGAAGCAGGAUUCCCAGGAAUUGGAUAUCCUGGGCCUCCUGGACAUAAGGGAGACAAGGGUUUGCCAGGACCCAAAGGAUCACCAGGUUGUCCAGGAGAAAUGGGGAAACCUGGAUUUCCUGGAACACCAGGGCUCCCAGGAGCAAAGGGAGACCCAGGUACAGCAAUGCCUGGAAGACCAGGAAUCACUGGUUUUCAAGGAGAAAAAGGAAGUUCAGGGGGAAAUGGAGAAAAUGGACUCCCUGGACUUCCAGGCUCUCCAGGAUCCCCAGGAAAUGAAGGACCUGAUGGGCCACCAGGAGAACCUGGCUUUCCUGGACCCCCAGGACACAAUGGGCUUCCAGGAAUCUGUAUACCGGGUGCAAAAGGAACCCCGGGACUUCCAGGUCUGAAUGGACUAAAAGGACUACAAGGAGACAGAGGCUUGGAAGGUCCUAAAGGAGACCCAGGGAUACCAGGCUUAGACAGGUCAGGACCCCCAGGAGAACCUGGGACACCAGGACCACCAGGUCAUCAAGGGGAUAAAGGAUUAGUAGGUCCCGCAGGACAACCAGGAGCUCCAGGACACCCAGGUUCACCAGGCCAAAAGGGAGAAGUUGGCAUGAUGGGUUACCCUGGAACAACUGGACCUCCUGGCAUGCCCGGGAACCCAGGCACCCCAGGACACAAGGGUAACUUUGGAAUUCCUGGAAGAAAGGGAAAGAAAGGCCAUCCUGGAGCAAAGGGAGAAAGAGGUAAUAAAGGAAAUCAAGGACCAUCAAUGAUAUCAGCUGAUGUAGGGGAAAAAGGUGAACCAGGACCAGGAGGACCUUCGGGAGGCGUUGGCCAGAAAGGAGAGAGAGGUACUCCAGGUCUACCAGGAUCACAAGGCCAUGAUGGAAUACCUGGAAGGCCAGGGCUACCAGGACUCAGGGGAGAUCCUGGCACCAAGGGUCACCCUGGACAACCAGGAUCACCUGGAGGACCUGGGAGCAUGGGGCACAUGGGAGUGCCAGGCCCAAAGGGGAAAAAAGGAGCUGCAGGCCACCCAGGUGUAGCUGGCAGACCAGGCCUCCCUGGUAUUCAGGGCAAGAAGGGAGAGAAAGGAGAACCCGGUUAUGCAAAGGAUGCACAGCCAGGACCUCCAGGGCCAAAGGGAGAACCAGGACCCCCAGGUUCUGUAGGCAAGAAAGGAGGAAGAGGCCCACCAGGCCCACCAGGCCCAGUGGGACCUGCCGGACCCGAAGGAAUUCAAGGAAGUUCUGGAAACCAUGGUCCUCUAGGACAGCCUGGGCCUGCUGGUGAUUUGGGAUUUAAAGGAUGCAAAGGUUUCCCUGGUCCUCCAGGAAUGAAAGGACCCCCAGGCCCUCCAGGAGCCCCAGGACUUCCUGGACCAAUGGGUGAAAAAGGUAAACAAGGUGGAGAUGCAUUUCCUGGUCCAGCAGGAGAAAAAGGAGAAUUAGGUCUGCUAGGAGCACUUCCAGGUUCAAGGGGUCUUCCUGGUUUAGAAGGAGACAAAGGGAAUGAAGGAAGUCCAGGUUUACCUGGCAUCUAUGGUAUAAAAGGGGUUAUGGGAGAUGCAGGACCAGUAGGCCCCACUGGCCUGACAGGACCACCAGGGCCACCAGGCUUUCCUGGUGUGCUAACUCCAGGCCAAAAAGGAAAUCAAGGUCCUCCAGGAAGGAGAGGAAAUCCAGGUGAUCCUGGCCCCCCAGGCCCACCUUGUGAAUAUGCAUUAGGAAUAAAAGGAGAAAAAGGUUUUCCAGGAGACCAAGGUCCAGCAGGUCAACCAGGAACCCCAGGAGACCCUGGGCCCCCAGGGCAUCUGGGAAUGCCAGGCAACCCAGGUCUUCCGGGUUUUAGAGGCGAUCCUGGAUUUCAAGGAUUCCCUGGCAUGACAGGAGAAAAGGGCAAUAUAGGGCCUCCAGGACCAUUUGGGCCUCCAGGGUCAAUUGGACCAGAAGGACCUCCUGGACAACCUGGAGAUCCUGGGACAAUUAAAAUUAUAUCUCUGCCAGGGAGCCAGGGGCCUCCUGGUCAACCUGGAGGCCCAGGAAUGCAGGGAGAACCAGGACCACAAGGACAAGCAGGCAAACCAGGACUUCAAGGACCAAGAGGUCAACCAGGGAAACCUGGAAAACCAGGAAUUCCUGGACCAGUUGGAGAAAAAGGCAACAAAGGAUCUAAAGGAGAAAUUGGACCACCUGGUUCAGUUGGAUUGCCUGGAUUAAAGGGAAAACCUGGAAACUUUGGACCACCUGCAACUGGGCCUUCCACCAGAGGCUUUAUCUUCACCCGACACAGCCAAUCAGCAGAGAUUCCUUCAUGCCCAGGAGGAACGGUGCCCCUGUAUAGUGGUUAUUCUCUUCUUUUUGUGCAGGGAAAUCAACGAGCUCAUGGACAAGACCUUGGAACUCUUGGUAGCUGCCUCCAGCGUUUUACCACAAUGCCCUUCUUGUUCUGUAACACCAACGAAGUGUGCAAUUUUGCUUCCCGAAACGACUAUUCGUACUGGCUGUCCACAACAGCCCAGAUGCCGACAAACAUGGCCCCGAUUACUGGUAGGGCUUUGGAGCCUUACAUCAGCAGAUGUACAGUCUGUGAAGGUCCAGCCAUGGCCAUAGCGGUUCACAGUCAAACCACCGACAUUCCUUUAUGUCCUGAUGGCUGGAUUUCUCUUUGGAAAGGAUUCUCUUUUGUCAUGUAUACGAGUGCAGGCUCGGAAGGUUCUGGGCAAGCGCUAGCAUCCCCUGGUUCCUGCCUGGAAGACUUCCGUGCCAAUCCAUUUAUAGAAUGUCAUGGCAGGGGAACGUGCAACUACUAUUCAAAUUCUUACAGUUUCUGGUUGGCUUCAUUAAAUCCAAGAAGAAUGUUCAGAAAACCUACUCCAUCCACUGUAAAAGCUGGAGAGCUAGAGAGGAUAAUCAGUCGCUGUCAGGUCUGCAUGAAGAGAAGAGACUGACAAAAUCACAGAAAAAUAAAACUGCUCCCCAUGCAGAGAACAGUCAUUUCUUUCUUUCUUUUUUUUCUGAUAAAAGUAUUUUAUUUUUUUCCAGUUACAUGUAAAAAUAGUUCUCAACAUUUGUUUAUACAACCUUUCCAAUUUCAGAUUUUUCUCCCUCCCCCCUCCCUUAGACAGCAGGUAAUCGAACAGUCAUUUCUUAGCCAUGAU